GCAGACUCAGGACCACACAGUCCCUGGAGUGUUUAAAUGGCUGGUACGAAUGUCCCCAAGACCAGGCAAAGCACAAUAUUUAUUAACAGGAUGUACAGAGAGAUGGAGUGGGUUGGAGUAAAGUGUGGAUCUUCCUAUUUUGAUUGCAGUUGGUGGAUUUCACACCAGGUGGCAUUUCCUGACCAUCUGCUGUGAAAUUGUACCAUCAGCACCACCCGUAAUGACUAUAACUUAGAUCUCAAAAUAACAAGUCUGAGGGCAGAGGUUUUGUGAUUUUUAAAGUUGCAUUUCCCCACCCCCAUCCCUGUGCUCCUCAUCCUGUAAGGGCAGGAGAAAGCUCCCUGGCGGUGGCCCAGCCUUGGCAGCCAGCAGAUGCCAGAUACAGUGGUGCUAAUUGUCCUUGAACUGGGAACCAACGCGCGUUCACGGCGCUGUAAAUUAUUGCCAGCAGGUCUCCCGAUGCCCCUACACCUGUUUCAGAUCUGUCACACAAGGCCGUCAUAUUUUUCCUUUUAAAGAGGCAGAUUAUUUGCUGAUCACGUAACUGGAGACGUCCAAGCAGGACUCUGCAAGAACUCUCUGUAAUUCGGUGACAGCCACUCCUCGGGGCAGAGCAAAGGGUGACACUACUUGAGAAGUGCUGGUGCUAGAUCAGGGCAGGGAAGGAACAUAUAAGCCAAGCGACAUCCACAGCUGCUCCCAGAGAAUGGACUUCACACUCAGAAGAAAAGACGUCUGGGUUGUAGGUAGCGUGUGCCUUCUCUCGUCUUCAGUUCUCUGGCGCUUGAUCCGGUUCGUGAUGACCCGGGGAGGCCAUUGGCAGGCUCCUGCUCUUGAGGAUGUGCAGGCGAAGGAGGUGUGGUCAAACGCCGACCUGACGGAAAGGAUGCCUGUCAAAAGCAAAAGGACAUCAGCCCUUGCAGUUGACAUCCCGGCUCCUCCUGCCCCAUUUGAUCAUCGUAUUGUGACAGCCAAGCAAGGAGCGGUCAACAGCUUCUAUACUGUGAGCAAGACGGAAAUCCUAGGAGGAGGGCGUUUCGGCCAAGUUCACAAGUGUGAGGAGACGGCCACAGGUCUGAAGCUGGCAGCCAAAAUCAUCAAGACCAGAGGCAUGAAGGACAAGGAGGAGGUGAAGAACGAGAUCAGCGUCAUGAACCAGCUGGACCACGCGAACCUCAUCCAGCUGUACGAUGCCUUUGAGUCUAAGGACGACAUUGUCCUGGUCAUGGAGUACGUGGACGGUGGGGAGCUGUUUGACCGCAUCAUCGAUGAGAACGACAAUCUGACGGAACUUGAUACCAUCCUGUUCAUGAAGCAGAUAUGUGAGGGCAUAAGGCACAUGCAUCAGAUGUACAUUCUCCACUUGGACCUGAAGCCUGAGAAUAUCCUGUGUGUGAAUCGGGAUGCUAAGCAAAUAAAAAUUAUUGAUUUUGGAUUGGCCAGAAGAUACAAACCCAGAGAGAAGCUGAAGGUGAACUUUGGAACCCCAGAAUUUCUCGCCCCUGAAGUUGUUAACUAUGACUUUGUUUCCUUUCCAACCGACAUGUGGAGUGUGGGGGUCAUCGCCUAUAUGCUACUUAGCGGUUUGUCCCCUUUCCUGGGUGACAAUGAUGCCGAGACGCUGAACAACAUCCUGGCCUGCAGGUGGGACUUAGAGGAUGAAGAAUUUCAGGACAUCUCAGAGGAGGCCAAGGAGUUCAUCUCCAAGCUUCUGAUUAAGGAGAAGAGUUGGCGAAUAAGUGCAAGCGAAGCUCUCAAGCACCCCUGGUUGUCAGACCACAAGCUCCACUCCAGACUCAAUGCCCAGAAGAAGAAGAAGAAGAAUCGUGGCUCUGAUGUCCAGGACUUGUGACCAAAUAGUCUACAGGAGGCACCCAUUUGAAAGGAAAACUGCUGCGGUUGCUGCUGCUACGAGAAAAUUUUUUGAAAAAUCAGCAGUUCUGAUGCCUUGACCCCUAUGAUGAUUGGCAGUCUUAGCAGGGGGAACCCUCGACCCUGAAUUUGAACUUGAACUGGAGUGCCUCUGCUGCGUUCAGAGGACGCCCAGCGCUGCGGUCUGCUCUCAGGGCGCAGACACAUCCCUGCACCCGGUGGUAGUGACGUUGGGAAGAUGUUCCCUGCCACCUUGAGAUUUUUUACUUCUAGAAAAUUUUUUUUGCUCUUAGUCACUGGGGUAGGGGGCGCAUUGUGUCUGCUAUUUCUCAGAUGACUACAGCCAUGACACUUGAGAUGUACCGGAGAUUUCAAAACUGGAGGAUGCAUUUGGAGGGAGGAAGCUACUUCUAGCCAUUAGACUAUGCCUUUUGAAGGGGCAAUUAGAUGGCCAGAAAGAAUUCUAGCUCCCAUGCACCCUUGAAGACUUUCUCAGACUCUGCCAUUUUGAUUUGGUCUACGGUCACGUGACUACAAUGGAUAAAUAAUUUGCUUGCUGGAACAGAAGCCGUCUUUGAAUUUCCCAACAAGAGGCAUCAGCCACUGUGUCUUUCAUUUAUUCUUAAUUGUCCUCAAAGCGCGUUUUCUUCCAAGUAGCUGAUUCUGUUUUUCACAUCUAUACUCCCUGCACCCUUCUGACUGACAGUUCAUCCCCACAAAACACAUUGGUUUUGAGAGGUGAUGCAAAAAGUAUCUGUUUAUGGUUGGUUGAAAUUCUGACCUUUGGAAUAAUGUCAACAGUCACAAGAGGUUUCCUCAAGCCCCAGUUGUCAAUGAAAAGAGACGGAUCUGCACCUCUUGGAGCAAGACAGCACUGAGCUUUCAAUGUUCAAGUGACUUGGGAAGUAACCUUCAAGCUUCUGGGUAAACACGAACAAACAUUGACAAAGACCAAGUCCAGUCUCUUGCCUUGCUGUCUCACGGGACUCAGUGGGGAUAAAGAAAUCGCAGUCGGACACCAGAGGUGAUGGCAACUCUGCGACUUCACCUGCUGGACGUGAGAACGUUGGAAUGUUCCCGUUGGAAGGUUCCUAUGCCUAGCCCAUGUGCCAUUUCACGGCAGAUAUGUUAGAUAUCUACCUGCCGUAGUUAGUUAUGGGGCCCAGAAAGGCACUGGGCUUUAAAGAGCAAAACGACUGUGUCGUUUCCACGUGAGGGAGAGGCAAGGAAAAGCCCCACAAAAUUCCCAUUACCCGCUGAACUCCAAGCUCACCACCCAGCUUCAUGAACUUUCCUCACAUUUUCCAUUUCCAAAUAACUGUUGCAUUGAAUCAGCUGUGUUAAUGCCUUUAUUCUUCGUGUUUUGUUUGUUUGUUUGUUUUUGUUUUGACGGAGUCUUGCUCUGUCGCGAGGCUGGAGUGCAGUGGCACCAUCUCAGUUCACUGCAACCU